AUGUUUAUCAAGAAUGAAUACGUUGGUGAUAGGGAUCGCUUAGAAGACUGGAGAAUUAAGGGUUAUGAUCCACUUAUUCCUCCAAACUUACUACAGCAUGAGUUCCCCACCAGCGCCAAGGGUAAAGAGGUCAUAAAAAAGGCUAGAAGAGAGAUUGUAGAUGUUCUAUGUGGCAGAGAUGAUCGUAUAGUUGUUGUUGUUGGACCUUGCUCUAUACAUGAUCCUGAAGCUGCGUUGGAAUACGCUGAGAAAUUGGAAGCUGUAAAGAAUAAGUUGAAAGAUCACUUAGUUAUUAUCAUGAGAGCGUAUCUAGAAAAGCCGCGUACCACUGUUGGAUGGAAAGGAUUGAUCAAUGACCCUGACAUUGACAAUUCUUUCCAAAUUAAUAAGGGUAUGCGUAUUGCAAGAGAGAUGUAUACGAAAUUGGUUGAGAGGGUUCCAAUAGCGGGAGAAGUUUUGGACACUAUCUCGCCCCAAUUUUUAUGCGAUUGCUUCUCGCUGGGAGCCAUUGGAGCAAGAACUACCGAGUCUCAGCUGCAUAGAGAGUUGGCUUCUGGGUUGUCAUUCCCAAUUGGAUUUAAAAAUGGUACUGACGGAAGUAUACGCGCAGCUAUUGAUGGAAUGAAAACUGCGGCGCACUCUCACUAUUUCCUUUCUAUUACAAAGCCCGGUGUAACUGCUAUUGUUGGUACUGAGGGAAACGAAGAUACUUUUGUCAUCCUAAGGGGUGGGAAGACUGGUACAAAUUACGAUAGCAACAGUGUCCAAUAUGCUAACGAAGAACUAAAAAAAGAUAAGAUCAUAGAGGAAGGAAGUAGGCAUCGGAGAAUCAUGAUUGACUGUUCGCAUGGCAACUCAAACAAGGACUACAGAAAUCAACCAAAAGUAGCACGUAGUAUCUACGAGCAGCUGAGUAACGGUGAAACAGCCCUUUGCGGUGUUAUGAUCGAGUCAAAUUUGGUAGAGGGUAGACAAGAUGUCCCUCUGGCCGGUAACCGUGAAGGUCUAAUCUACGGCUGCUCUAUUACUGAUGGCUGCAUUGGCUGGGAAUCUACUGUGGAUACUCUAGAACUUCUGGCCCAAGGUGUGGCUAACAGGAGGAAAAUAUUAGGAGAGACUUCGCCCUCGGCAUCUGAUUAG